UAUAUAACUUUUUUCUAGCACUGGGUUUGAAAUCACAAAACAACAUUCUCGCGUUUUUGAUUGCAAUUUUUUUUUUUUGACCUCUCUCUCUCUCACACACACACUUCCAACUUGUUUAUAUAGCAUGUCCUUUAGCCGGGAUGAGAGAAGUGGCUCUGCCUUUUCUGAUAUAUUUUCAAGCAAGGUGUUACCAGGUGGCAAUGCCCAUGAAUAUACAGUAGUAUCUAAUCGACCUUUCAUGACAAUGAAGGACAUUAUGAUUCUUCUCUUGAUGAUAGUUGGUCUUUUCAUUUGGAUGAAUAAGACGACACACUGGGCCUGGAUGAUUGUGGUUGGAUGGAUAUGGAUAAAAUUAAAAAAUGUCAAACAAGAAUCUUUGUUGAUCAUGCGAGAUAUUGGCAUCCAAGUCAAAACAACUUAUUGGAGUGGUCGAACAGAAUCUAAAUUUAUCAAUCGAUUGAAAAUCCAAAACGUGGUCAUUAAUGAAGGGAUUCAUCUAUGGCAAGUUAAACCUUAUAUGGCCAUUCUGGUCAAGGAUCAAGAAAAAAUGUUGAUUGUGUUUGAGAAUCUUUUACCACCAUUACAUCCUGUAUUGUUGACAACAUAUCGUGGAACAAGACGUUUAUUAUUCCCAUCCGAUGACAAUGACUAAUGGUUUUAUCUCUGCUUAUUCAUCAUUGUUAUUAUUAAUGGUAUUAUUUGCUCUCCAUCGAUAAACUCAAGCAUCUUACCCCACUUUCAGGUUGUAUGAAUGAGGUUCUGCCAAGUGAUCCUAUUCACUUAUCCAUUCCAUAUUAUGGUUUGGGCAACCUUGUGAACUUGUAAAUAGCUUUAGAUCCCCAUCUUGUAUCCACCCUUAGUUUUAUUUAUAUUCCUUUUUUAAUUAUUAUUAUUAUUAUUAUUAUUAUUAU